CAGACGACGAACAUCAGUUUGUUCAAGUUUGGCAGAGAUUAGGGCAGGUACCGAGUGAAGUUGUGGAGCCUUGUGUUAAAUAAUUUUCAAUAUGCCAACGUUGAUAGUGCAGUAAAAAGUUAAAUUUAUCUUCCGAAGUGUUAUUUAAUUCGAAUUAGAUUCGAGACCGUUCCACUCAGCAUCGAAGAUGCCGAAGAAAAAGACUGGCCAGCGUAAAAAGGCUGAGAAGCAAAAGCUUCGCCAGAAGGAGAUUCGCAACCGCGAAUCGCAGCUACCGGAACAACCUUGCAACCUUCCGAUGGACUGCGAGAAAUGUGGCAGGAAGCAAAAGUCCCGUGCCUUCUGUUACUUCUGCCAGAGUGUUCAGCGCUUACCGAUUUGCGCCCAGUGCGGCAAGCAGAAGUGCAUGCUCAAGACCGGAGAUUGUGUCGUGAAGCACCCGGGAGUGUACACCACCGGGCUGCAGAUGGUCGGUGCCAUCUGUGACCAUUGCGAGGCCUGGAUCUGCCACGGGCGGAAGUGCCUUCAGUCGCAUGCCUGCACCUGUCCGCUAAUGGACGCCGUGUGCAUCGAGUGCGAACGUGGCGUUUGGGACCACGGUGGCCGGAUGUACAAGUGCUGCUUUUGCGACAACUUCCUGUGUGAGGACGACCAGUUUGAACAUCAGGCGUCCUGCCAGGUGCUGGAGUCGGAGUCGUACAAGUGUCAGUCGUGCAAUCGGCUGGGGCAGUACUCGUGCCUGCGGUGUAAGACUUGCUACUGCGAGGACCAUAUCCGCCGGAAGGGCUUCAAGUACGACAAGAAUAAGCCGAUUCCGUGUCCGAAGUGCAACUACGAUACGAACCAGACCAAGGAUCUGAGCAUGUCAGUUCGCAGCCACAAGUACGGUCGCAAGCGCCAGGACGGUAACGACGACGAAGACGACGACUACGUGUAUGAUGCCGAAUACACCGCCUACCGGGCCGCUGCCGAUCGUUACAAUGAGACCGAUUCCGACGAUGAUGAUGACGAUUACGAGGACGGUUCUGAUUCGGACGACGAUGACGAUGAUGAGUCCGACGAGGAGGAAGACGACGAUAAGGAAGAUGAAGCUAAGGCGGGAACUAGCGCCGAUAAGGGAGGAAAAUAGGAAGGUUCUUUCGAAAGGCCCACGUUCAUUGCGCAUUGGUGGUGCAAGUUUUUGUUGAAUUCAGUGAGAAGUUGUAUUCAAUAAAAAAUAACUCAGAAAUAUCCAUUAUCGAUA